AAUCUCUAGAGAAAUCUAACAUGUGUCGGAAAAUAAAUUCUAGACUUCACCUAAAGAAGUGAUUGUCUUUCUAUACAUAUAUCCUCCCAAAGUCACUUCCAUAUUCCACAUUUUCUCACAGCCACACAUUUAUUUCUUCUUCUUCCAUUCCUCUUUCUGUUAUUCUCUCUAACUAGUCAUGGCUGAUGAAGUGAUUCUGCUUAAUUACUGGCCAAGUCCAUUUGGAAUGAGACUCAAAAUAGUCUUAGCUGAAAAGGGUAUCAAGCAUGAGUACAGAGAAGAAGACUUAAGCAACAAAAGCCCUUUGUUGCUACAAAUGAACCCUGUUCACAAGAAAAUCCCUGUUCUCAUUCAUAAUGGUAAACCAGUUUGUGAAUCUUUAAUUGCUGUUCAAUAUAUUGAUGAGGUUUGGAAUGAUAAAUCUCCUUUCUUGCCUUCUGAUCCAUAUCAGAAAGCACAAGCUAGAUUCUGGGCUGAUUAUAUUGAUAAGAAGAUCUAUGAAGUUGCAGGGAACCUUUGGACCAAAAAAGGAGAAGUGCAAGAAACUGCAAAGAAGGAAUUCAUAGAAGCCCUUAAACUCUUGGAGCAAGAGUUGGGAGACAAGAAUUUUUUUGGAGGAGACAAGCUUGGUUUUGUUGAUGUAGCAUUUAUUCCAUUAUACAAUUGGUUUAGAGGCUAUGAGGCCUUUGGCAAGAUCAGUGUAGAUAAGGAGUGCCCUAAGUUCUUUGCUUGGGCCAAUAGAUGCAUGGAGAUUGAGAGUGUUUCCAAGUCACUCCCUGAUCAGGAUCAGAUCCAUGAUUUGAUUGUGCAGAUCAAGAAGAAGGCUGGCCUUGAGUAGGUUGGAGAUGUUAGGUUAAGUUUAUGUUUGGAUGAGUGAUGAGUUUGGCGAAAACACAAUGAUGCGUUGAUUUUGUUGAAGCUCGAAAGUGUAGCUUUUGUUAAAAUCGUGGUGGUUUAUUGUGAUGUUUGUUAUUCUCAACACGAAUCAAAACAUGUAGUACUAAAUAAUUUCAGUUAUCUUAACCUUUCUGAUGUUAUAAUUAUGUAAUAAAAAGGCAUUUUGAUGUGCCAAACUUUGUGCUUUUUGUAAGAAAGUAGUUUCAAACACUUGUGAAUUGUGAUGGAUCAUGGAUCUUUGAUCUGUUA